AAGCAGAAGAAAACGGCAGGAUGUCAGAAUCGCUCCAGCUCACUCGUUGUUUGCUGGAAUUACCUAAAUUUACCAUCAAUGACGUACGGAGAUUAGUCCGGAGGUGCAGUACAACACUGCAGAGCAAACUUGAGAAAGGUUUCAAGUUUUAUGUGUCCUCGUAUCUCUGUAAUUAUGAAGAUUACUUUACGUGAUUCAGAUCCAGUUGUACUGGUUAACAGCUUCUGCUCUUGUGUGGCUGGGAGCGUGGUGUGCAACCAUUUGGUAGCUUUGCUGUAUCAGACAGCCCAUUACUCUGAAUGUGGCAUGUCUGUUGUCCCACCUGGCCUUUCAUGCACCGAGACAGAACAGAAGUGGCAUAAACCUCGAACAAUGGGAGUGAAGCCGGGACCUGUGGAUGCCAUGGUGGUUGUGAAGCCCAAACUGGGUGCUACUUCAUCAAGUGGAAUUAGAUCUGCACUAUACAAAGGCUACAGUGGUGAGCUGCCAGAUCCAGCAACCCUUUACCCAAACACUGCCUAUGCUGACUUUAACCCAGACUCUCUUCCACUAAUCUGCACGUUGGAUAUCUCACCUGACAAACCGCUUGUGGACUCCAUCUUCGGUAAAGUACAGGCUGGCAGCAUCCUCUCAUAUCAGCAUCCACCUCCUGCAUCUGAUGGUGUUAUUGCCCAUGAGGAUGCCCUGCCAUUUCCAAAAGUGCCACAAGAAGACUACCAGUUAAAGCCAACAGACUGUACAUAUGUGCCAACAAAUCAAGAGCAACUGCAUCUGAAAUCACUGUCUGUGACUUUGUUACAGUCAAACAAGAUUGAAGAAGCAACAAGGUGCCAAAGUGCAGCACCUGUGUGGCAUUCACUGAGGAAGGAGAGGGUGACUGCUUCAACUUUUAGGGAGAUAAGCCACGUUCGAGGGCCAAGUGCAGCAGAAAACCUAGCAGAGAGGAUCAUCCGAGGGACACGUCAAACAGCACUCAUGAAGAGAGGAUUGGACCUGGAGACAAAAGCCUUAAGGGACUAUGCAACUCUGAAAAAUCUGAACUUGAGAAAAUGUGGACUAGUGAUUCAUCCUGAUGCACCUUGGCUGGGUGCAUCCCCUGAUGGGCUGGUGUAUGACCCACUUGAGAGACCAUCAUUUGGGUUAGUUGAAAUGAAAUGCCCAAAUGCACUAAGCUACAUUGACUGCAAGUACCUCAGAGCUGAGCAUGGCACACACAAACUGAAGGAAAGCCAUUCUUAUUAUUGGCAAGUGCAGGGGCAGUUGCUGAUCACUGGUAUGGAAUGGUGUGAUUUUGUCAUCUGUGCCCACGAUGACAUGUUUGUGCAGCGCAUUUACAGAGACGCAACUGUGUUAAACACUCUGAGAGAGAGGUGUGAUUUCUUUUUCUUUUAUACAUAUCUGCCAAAAUACCUCUCUAUGCACCAGUAACUGAGGAGAUCUAAUAGUCCGUGAGCCAGGACCCCAAAUUUGGCCCACUGGUACCACCUGGGGGGAAUAAUUCUCAUAGUGAUUUUUAGCAAGGUAUACAUCUCUAAUGUUAGAAAAAAUGUGAUAGCAUUGCACUGGUGGUAGCUUUCUGUGUCCUAUCACUUGAUUUAUAACCCCAUAGGAAAACUAAAAAAGAACUCAAAAAAAGCCUGGCCGAAUGGAGGUUAAGUUAAUCCAUGUAAAUUGACCAUGCAAGCUCUGAGAGCUACCAAACUUGUCAUGCCUGAUGGCAGGAUAUCCCUCUACAUAAUAUCGCAAAUAUCUCAAUGCAAAUAGGAGAUACAGACUUAUAA